AAGUUUCUUAAACCAUCUUUCUCUGAAUCUUCUCUCUCCUGAGGAAACAUCCUACCUCAGUAGGCCCUUUCAUUUUCCUUUCUUUUCUCCACAUACUUCUCUUCUGACUUCUUCAUGACACUUUCCUUUUGAAAGCUCUGGAUUUGACCUAACCUCCAGGAAAAUGAGUGAGGGGGAAGGAGUUGAGGAUUAUGCCUAGGUUUGGGGUCUGAGCAUCUGGGUGGACAGAUGUCUGUCUGAGUUGGCUGUAGAAAGAGCAGGUGAGCCAGAGAGGCUGGACAGUAGUUGGUGUAUAAACGCAGUCCCGGGUGGGGAGAAGGUGUAGAAUGAGAGAACAUAAUCUCUCAGGAAACAUCAUUAAGGGAUAUACAGAGGGAAAAGGACCAGACAGAGACUGAAGAGGAGGUGCAGAUGAGAGGAAAACCAAGAAAAUGUGUCUCAGGCCGUGAGGAGACAGUCUCCAAACGGAGGCCGUGGGCAGGUGCUUCGGUUACAGAAAGUCCAUUGGGGUCACUGGGGGCCUUGGCAAGAGAGUGACUAGGAGCAGUGGGGGCCAGAGACAGAGAGGAGAAGGGUUUGAGGGGAACAAGAGGUGACAAACUAUAACCAUCCCUUCAAGAGUGUCUCUGUGACAGAGAAAGGAGAAUGAGAGGACAUGAGGGGGCCAGAGUCACUGGCUUUAGGAGCUACCCCAUCCUGUGUUCUCUGCUGGAGGAUGAGUUGAGCCAGGCCUCUGGCCUAGGAAGUCUCAGGCUGCAUCACCCCUGAAUGAGCUAUGUUACCUAUUUUUGGUGGCCCGCGGUGUGCCAGGUACAACCAAGUGCUCAGGAUGCAGAGGCUGGUAGGCUCUGCCCCCUCCUGGCUUGCACUUAGAGUGUCUGGUGCCUGUGUCUCUAUAGGGAAACACGCCUGACUCCUUGGCAAGGUCAUUCUCCUCCCUGAGGUCUCCCAGCCUUGCGCCUGCCUCUUCAUACUAUACCCCCGCGCUGAUUCUCCCUGUUGUGAGUGAAUCUUAUUCAGGUCUGUCCCUACAUAUGCAUGUAGUGGCCUUGCCUGCUGUAUAUUGUGUCCACCGCACAGGAGAAUUGCCAAGUGCGCACUAGGUUCUCAAUAAACAUUGAGAGAAAAAAGAGAAACACCAGUUAGUUUGGCAAAGAAGAUGGACGCAGAAACCACUAAUGUGCAGAGCGCUGUGGGGAUUUGAGCUGAGAGCUGCUCCAUUGGGUCUGGGGAGUGAAUGGCAGCCUUCUCCAAGGAGGCUGAGGUCUUGAGAGUUUUGUCUUGGGGCUGAUUUCAUAUCAUCUCUCUACACCUUUUGUCCUCUGCCGUCUUCUCUCCCCUCAGGCCUCACCUUCCCCCUCAGUGUUCUCCAGAGUUGAGUAGGGCAGCUGAGAGCCAUUCUUUUCAUCUUGCUUUGCAGACUGGGCCCAUCUUGUUUCCCCAAGUUCCCAAGCAUGUUGGAAGUGGAAAAAAUUAAAAAGCCCCCCAGGAGACAUACACCCUCAGGAUCUGUCCCCCCAUGACCAGACCCCAGGGUCCAGCUGCAACAAUGACUUCUCCUGGCUCUGAGUUCAACACCAGAGCUACCAACACCUUUUGUGGACGUGGCUGGGGUGCCAGGGAGGACCUGCCAGAGACGGGUCAAAACCUCAGCCCUGGUCUGCCCCCUAGGGUAGACAUAGAGGAGAAGGCCAGCAGGGGUCGCAGAAAGAUCAGAACAUCUGGCUCCCAAAAGGGGAGUGAGAGGGAUCUUCCCCUGCGAAGGAAGAGACCCCACUCCUUCCCCAGUGGCUCUUCCACUGAUCAAGUUUCCCUGGAGGAGCAGGAGGAAGGCACCUUGGGCCAAUGCAUCCGCAGCAGGGAGAGAAGAGCCUGCACACUGGGGAGGCCUGGUUUUCACUCAACUAGUGCAAAGAGCCAGGCCAGCCGGGGGCAGAAUAGGCCAAAGGGAGACUGAACUCUGUGUUGUGAAAUCUGGGCUUGGGCAGGAGCCCUCUGCAGCCUGAGGAGGUGUCCACACAGAAGGCCUGUGAAUGGAGAGAGGUGGGGCAACUGGCAGGAAGAAGUCAAAAGCCCCACGGCUCAGCUCUGGCCCGGCCCCUUCUACCCCAGUGAUGGGUCAGAGGUGGGCCAGCCUAGUGAGAAUGAGAAGGUGAGGCAAGCUGACAUCCUCAGGGCCUGUCUGGACAGAGAGGUACGAUGCCUCAAGAAGUGGAAGAGGCAUUUGCUUCCUAGCGGGGAGAAGUCAUCCCCGCUGAGCCUCCAGCAGUCACCCUGCUUGAAGAAGCUGGUCAGAACUAUGAAAGAGACCAAGGACUGGGUUUUUCAAGGGCAUUCCCCAGGCACUCCAGACACCACAGGUCCGACGCCCGCGUUGGAUGUCAGACAGUUCUUUCCCAUUGUCUGUAAGAACACCUGCCAAGUCACCUGUACUCUGUGUCACGCCACCAUUAGACAAGGCAAAAUUAAGAAGCAGUCCAAAACCUUAAGCCUGGUCUGUCGCCUGGUAAGAAUGGGCUGGGGAGGGAAAGAAGGCCAAUUGUAGCCAGUCCAGGGAGAAAGGGGGCAGGGGUGGUGGAGAAGCAGAAGGGCCUACCUGCGAGGGCCACCAGCCUUGUCCAUGAGGGUCUCCCAUCAUCAGGACAUUGCCCACAUGACAUCCUCAGAAAACAAUGACAGGCAGUGGGCCCCAGGGAGGCGUACGCAGCUGUUACUGGCUCCAUCACCCCUGCCUUCGCCCAUCAAAGAUGAAUCUGCUGCUCCCCCAGUGGCAGGCAGGACUGAGGUGGCAUAUAUGCUCCCAAACCUUUCCGCUCCCAGGCCUUGCACCAGAGCAUUGCUGAGUUACUCUGCAGCUUGGCAUUGCCUCUCUCCUUUUUUCCUUCCGCACCCUUCAAAAGGUUUAUGACCCAGGUUGACCCUUGCUACUGCCUGCCAUCUCCAUCCUUCUCUGAUAAAGCCUUGCCUCUGCUCCGCGAGGCGAUGGGUGACCAGGUGCUUCGGGAGAUGUGGUGGACUGAAGGCAGCCACGUCCACCUGGCCCUGUCCUCGGCAGCUCAGGAAGUGGUCCUAGAGGACUAUGUGGCCAUCACUGCCCACUGUGGGGGGUGAUACAGCCCCAUAGCUGUCAGGCGGUGUCAGGAAGCCCCAGGAAGCAAGCAGUGCUCUAGGUCCGAGGCCUGCCCCUGGAGAGCACUGUGGAGGACAGGCAGCGGGAACUACAGGAGCAGCUCACCCCGUUGCUGGGCCAUGACUCCCUGCAACCAGGCUGCCCAGUAUCAAGUGGCUGCCCCAACCUGGAGCAGGCAGUGGCGACGGGGGGCUACUCCCACAUUCCUUGCUUUGCUCACUGCCUCAACUCUGGUGAGAAAUUUUUCUGUGUCACCAUCAUAGUGUCCAGAUCAUCCAGAUGGCACGGCCAGGGCCAUCUGCAACCAUUUCCAAGGCUCUGCAGAAGCCCGGCGGCUCCUCAUGCAGCUGCAGCAGCAGUGUGGCCUCCCAACCCAUCAGCCCUUUGGGAGCUCUCGGACCACUGAGUCUCAGCCUCCCACCUGAUGGAGUGGCUGGUGGAGCACAAGCGGCCACUGCGAGAGUAUGAGGAGAAGCACUAGCCGGGGAAGGCCGGAUGGCCCUUUCAGCCAAGUUUUGGAGCCUGUCGGAAGCCUGGUCAGGCUUCUGCGGCUCUCCCAGGUGGUGGUCCAGGAGGCGAGCAAUCUGCCGGCUUCUUUAAGUCAGGUGCUGCCGAAACUGCGCUCCCUGCACAUCUUCCUGGAGCAGGGUCAGAGGCACUUGGAGGAGCAAAGUGGUGGGGAGAUGGGUGCAGCCAUCCGGUUGGCCCAGGGCUUGGCCCUGCAGCUCUGUACAGACUGUCAGCUCAGUGAGCUCUUCCACCAUGAGGAGUUCAUGCUGGCGACUAGGACCCCCCGCUUCAAGGGCCAGAUUGAGGCCAUCCUGCCUGUGGGGGCCGACAUUGACCACUGGAAGCAAGUUCUCAUGUACAAGGUGAAGGAGGUUAAGGUGUCUGAAUACUCCUUGUCUCCCCCACCCUUCCUGCAGAACCCCAAGGUUAUGUGAACACCACCUAGUGGCAGAGUAGCCAAGGGCCCCAGGGCUGAGGGGAAGGGCCAGAAGGAGCCUGUGUGGAGAAGCAGUAGAUCGAGUUUGCUGCUGGGCCAGAGGGAAAAUAGCUUGCUGGAGCAGCUGGAAAGUGUAGGGCUGCUAGCAUCCCAGAGAAACAGCUUCGCUCUCCACCGAGAACCACCUGCCACAGUCAUUGUCAAGAAGUACCUGUGUGAGAACAAGACAGUUGGCGCCCAGGAGGACCCCUUGGCUUACUGGGAGAAGGGGCAGGAAGUCUGGCCUGCCCUGGCACAACUGGCCACUGUCUAUCUGUCUUGUCCUGCUACCAGCACCUUUUCUGGAAGUGUCUUUACCUCCCUGGAUAGUCCCACCAUCAUAGAGAGUAACUCCCCUCUCCCAGUGGAAACAGUUGAGUAUCUCUUCUUGAAGACCAACCUGGAGAAUUUCCCCAACUGUGCCUCCUCUCCUCUUAUCUUCCCCAGUGGGGACCUGGCCUAGGGGGACUAGACCAGGGAUGCCCUCAAAAUCUUCCUGGAGAAACUUUGCUGUAGAUGAAAGGAGAGAGCAGAUGUUGCAUCUAGGCUAUCAGACAAGGCAGCCAGAAUCUUAAACCUAUUUGAGAAGAAUGGGGACAGUUUCUCAGUUCUUGACAGAUUGCCUUGUUUAUUUUUUUUUGUCUGGAAGGUAGAAUUUUCCACCUACCCAUUGCUUAAUUUAUUUCUAGCACUAUGUGCAUAGGGAAGGUUUACCCUGUUAUGAGUUGUGCUAUACAGUUUUAUAAGCAUUAUUGCUCUUUUGAAAUAUUGGUAGUUAUUAAGGGCCCAACAUGCAGCUUAUCUAUGUAUGUCAAGGUAUA